GCGAAUAAUUGUUUUUGACAUUUAAGCUUCAUUUCUGAAAGGGUGUUUGUGCCAAGCUUUCUUCUGUUGGGUAUUUAAUCUUUUGAUAGUUAAGCAUCAAUGUCUUAAUUAUCUUCAAUAGGCGGUUGAUGUGCCUUUGAGUUUUUAGCAGCAUGGAGGCCAAAACAUGUUUGGGAAUGGGCUUCCAUGUUCUGUUUUUUAGUGAUAAUUUGUUGUUGCAGAAAUCUUUGAUGACUUAAACAUGAGCUAUUAUCUUGAUGAGUAGCAUUAGCUUAGGUUUAUAUUGGGCCAUUCUAAUCCUUCUGAAGUUUUUUUAAGGUAUAAUGUUUGUAAAUUGUGGUCUUUGAACUCUGAGCCGUUGGAUGCAGAAUGAAUCAGUUCUUUGGUCUUGAUAUUUAAGGUUUGUAUUGAGAGACCUGGUAGAUACAAAAUGUCAAAUGGUGGAAACACACAUUGGUGUCAUCAAUGCAGGCAUCCAGUUCGGCUUCGAGGUCAUAACUUGGUUUGCCCAUAUUGCAAUGGGGGCUUUGUGCAGGAACUGAAUGAGGUGGUGGACACAGGACAACAUGAUUUCUUUGGAUUGCAUUCAGAAGAUGAUUCUGACUUUGGAUAUAUGGAGCCAUUCGUUGACCCAAGAUUUGGAAUUAUGGAUGCUUUUGCAGCUGUUAUGAGGCAGAGAAUGGCAGGAAGAAACCCAAACUUCGACGUUAGAGCAAGAUCCGGUGUAGUUCCUGAAAACAGCACACCUUUUGGUUCCAGCCCGUGGUUGGUAUUUCAUGGACAAGUCCCUGUCAGGGUGACUGAUAAUGGGUUUGAUUUCUUUUUUAAUGGUGGUCCAAGAACUGGGCGGAGGCGAGCUGGUUUUGGUGAUCUUUUCACAGGACAAGAAUUGGAAGAAUUGAUUGAACAGCUUACUAUGAAUGAUAGGCAGGGUCCACCUCCAGCACCUCAUUCAUCAAUUGAGGCUAUGCCCACCAUUAGGAUCAUGCAGAGGCAUCUUAACACUGAUUCGCACUGCCAUAAAUUUUGA